AUGCCGGCGCACCGGAAGGUGAGGCCCGCGGGCGCGGCGGUGCGGCGUGCCGCGCUGCGGUGGUGGCUGCUCUCCCUCGCAGCCGCGGGCGCCACCGUCACCGCCGCCGCCGCGCUGCUCGCCGUCGCGCUCCACGUCUCCGGCCUCGCCGCGCCCUCCUCCGCCUCCUCCGGCGCGCCCUACCGCCUCUCGCAGCCGCGGGAGAUCGAGGAGCUGCGGUGGGAGCAGGAGUUCGCACCGCCGCAGCUCGCGUCGCCACGAAAGGUGUUCGAUUCUCCCACGGAUGCUGUUUUGCUGCUACUGGACGGCGUGGCGGACGACGCGGCGGGGAAGAGGCUGUGGCUGCCGGCGCCGGCGCCGGCACGGCGGUUCGUGCCCUGCGUGGCGCCGUCACCGGAGUACAGAAGCCCGGUGGUGUCGAGGGGGUACUUGCUCGUACACACCAAUGGAGGACUCAACCAGAUGCGCGCUGGGAUCAGUGAUAUGGUGGCAGUUGCGCGCAUACUUAAUGCUACACUCAUCAUUCCAGAGCUUGAUAAGAAAUCAUUUUGGCAUGACAAAAGCAACUUUUCAGAUGUCUUUGAUGAAGAACACUUCAUAAAUUCUUUAGCUAAUGAUGUGAAAGUUGAGAAAAAACUUCCAAAGGAGUUGGUGAAAGCUCCAAAGUCUGUUAGGUACUUCAAGAGUUGGUCUGGAGUAGAUUAUUAUGAGGACGAGAUCUCUCCACUGUGGGACCAUCGCCAGGUCAUUCGAGCUGCUAAGUCAGAUUCCCGCCUUGCAAACAACCAUCUUCCUCCUGACAUUCAGAAGCUUCGUUGUCGGGCCUUUUUCCAAGCACUGAGAUUUGCUCCCCCAAUUGAAGCUCUAGGCAAACUAUUGGUGAAGAGGAUGAGGUCAUUUGGGCCGUAUAUUGCUUUGCAUUUGCGCUAUGAGAAGGAUAUGCUUGCCUUUAGUGGCUGCACAUAUGGUUUAUCACAGACAGAAUCAGAAGAACUUGCAAUGAUCAGAGAAAACACAACCUACUGGAAGGUGAAGGACAUUGAUCCAUUAGAACAAAGAUCCCACGGGUACUGCCCCUUGACACCAAAGGAAGUCGGCAUGUUUCUUUCUGGGCUAGGGUAUCCAUCAAGCACCCCAGUCUACAUAGCUGCAGGGGAAAUUUAUGGAGGUGAAUCACAUAUGGUUGAUUUACAAUCAAGGUUCCCUAUUCUGAUGAACAAGGAAAAACUUGCCUCAGCUGAGGAGUUGCGGCCUUUCAGCCAAUAUGCUGCUCAAAUGGCAGCUUUAGAUUAUAUUGUUUCAGUGGAGAGUGAUGUCUUUAUUCCAUCUUAUUCGGGGAACAUGGCACGGGCUGUUGCAGGUCACAGGCGUUUCCUUGGCCAUAGGAAGACAAUCAGUCCUGACAGGAAAGCACUAGUUCGAUUGUUUGACAAAGUUGCUAGUGGAUUACUAAAGGAAGGGGAGAGGCUAUCGCAAAGGAUAAUAGACAUCCACCAGAAAAGACAAGGCUCUCCACGGAAGCGAAAAGGUCCGGUCUCAGGAACAAAGGGCAAAGACAGGUUUAGGUCAGAAGAGGCAUUUUAUGAGAACCCUUUUCCUGACUGCCUGUGUCAACCAGGGUCUCCAGCCAGCGGUGAUUCUCUUGGCAGCAUCUAA